CACUCUUCACAUUCUGAAAAAUACUCAGUUUUCUCUCAAAAUGAGUGCUUCUUCCGCGAGACUUACUAGAUGUUUGAGAAUAUCUGUUCCUGCAUCGCCCAGUUCCUCACUAGCUGCAGGCGCGGAGAGAAGCUCGAAGCUGUGGUUUUCCACUGAGUCUUUCGGUGGCGAAAAUAAGGAGGAAGGAAAGAAUGAAGCAGAGGAAGAGUAUGCCGACUUACUUGGUUACAAAUCGGAAACAGAAUCGAAACCUCAGGGAGUGAAUCCCGGUAAAGGUUGGGAAUUCCGGGGUGUGCAUAGGGCAAUAAUUUGUGGAAAAGUCGGGCAACCUCCUGUGCAGAAGCUCUUAAGAAACGGGCGGAAUAUAACCAUUUUUACAGUUGGGACAGGAGGCAUGUUUGACCAAAGAGUGAUUCCAGAAAAGGGGCUGCCAAAACCCGCUCAGUGGCACCGAAUCGCUGUCCACAACGAGGCACUUGGGGCUUAUGCAGUACAAAAAAUUGUUAAGAACUCAUCGGUUUAUGUUGAGGGUGACAUCGAAACAAGAGUUUACAAUGACAACAUCAAUGGUGAAGUCAAAUACAUUGCAGAGAUAUGUGUUCGUCGUGAUGGGAGGAUUCGCCUCAUAAAGACCGGAGAAAGUAUCAGCAAUAUUUCCUUGAAUGAUUUGCAGGAGAGCUGCUAACUGAGCUCAGCUGGAGGAGUGCGUUCGGACACGUGGCACGCCUCAAUUGGAGGGUUUGGAUUGAAUUGACACACAGCGCUCUCUGGUUCGCUGAGAGAGGGAGGUUUCACGCGACUUGGAUGGAAUCACCGCACCGGAUCACGCGAGCUGUUGAGUGGGGGACAAGUUGGACACGCGGCUUGCUGGGAUUGGCCGAAGAACUGACGCGAUCCUGCGAAGACGCGCUCCUGUCUAGGGUGAUUCCACGCGCCCGAUCUGGACUGUUGACGCUGCGAUCCAACGGCUGGAGUGUAGAGUUUCAUGCUGGUUUCACUCGCGCGAAGGAUUUCCAUUUUGAGGCUAAUUCAAAUUCGAAU